UAUUAUGACCUAGGACGGUGCCGUGUUGAAGUCUAUUUUGACCUAGGACGGUGCCGUGUUGAAGUCUAUUAUGACCUAGGACGGUGCCAUGUUGAAGUCUAUUAUGACCUAGGACGGUGCCGUGUUGAAGUCUAUUAUGACCUAGGACGGUGCCGUGUUGAAGUCUAUUAUGACCUAGGACGGUGCCGUGUUGAAGUCUAUUAUGACCUAGGACGGUGCCAUGUUGAAGUCUAUUAUGACCUAGGACGGUGCCAUGUUGAAGUCUAUUAUGACCUAGGACGGUGCCGUGUUGAAGUCUAUUAUGACCUAGGACGGUGCCGUGUUGAAGUCUAUUAUGACCUAGGACGGUGCCAUGUUGAAGUCUAUUAUGACCUAGGACGGUGCCAUGUUGAAGUCUAUUAUGACCUAGGACGGUGCCGUGUUGAAGUCCUAUUAUGACCUAGGACGGUGCCAUGUUGAAGUCUAUUAUGACCUAGGACGGUGCCGUGUUGAAGUCUAUUAUGACCUAGGACGGUGCCAUGUUGAAGUCUAUUAUGACCUAGGACGGUGCCAUGUUGAAGUCUAUUAUGACCUAGGACGGUGCCGUGUUGAAGUCUAUUAUGACCUAGGACGGUGCCGUGUUGAAGUCUAUUAUGACCUAGGACGGUGCCGUGUUGAAGUCUAUUAUGACCUAGGACGGUGCCAUGUUGAAGUCUAUUAUGACCUAGGACGGUGCCAUGUUGAAGUCUAUUAUGACCUAGGACGGUGCCGUGUUGAAGUCUAUUAUGACCUAGGACGGUGCCGUGUUGAAGUCUAUUAUGACCUAGGACGGUGCCGUGUUGAAGUCUAUUAUGACCUAGGACGGUUGGCCAUGUUGAAGUCUAUUAUGACUAGGACGGUGCCA